AUGACUACAUCUAAGAGAACGCAUGUGGACAUGACAACGUUGCAUCUCUUUGGUGACGAGACGAGACGCUAUUCUCAUGAAACCAAUAUCAGUUCCGAUCCAUAUCACGACGACAUGAAGUCAGUAGCCGAACUCACUGAUACCCUAAGCUUGGUUGACAAGACUACUACACAAGAUGCACGUGCACGUUGCAUGACAACACUCGAUCCAACUCCUUCAUUUUCAGCUCCCUCAAUUCUAAGCCGAUCAAGUUAUCAAGAUUGCAAUGAGCCUGAUCAAAGUGAAUCAGCCGAGGAUGAAUCAACAAAGACAGUAUGGAUGCGACGAUGUGAGACAACUCCUCUAUUAUUGGAUCGCUGUACUCCGCUUCCAAGCAGUGCAUUGUGGGCUAUCCCUCCAAAAUAUGCCGACUCGAGAAGACCUAGUAGUUCAUGGUGUUGGUGGUCAUCACAUGAUAAUGUUCUCCCAGAACCAGAUCCAUCACCGCAUCCACUAUCUUUCGACAUGGCAACCUCAUCACCACCACCACCACUUGAACAGUACUGUGAACCAUUUCCAUCUCCUUUAUCAGCCUCUGUACACCCAUUGACAAAAGAUGACGACGACGAUGAUGAUGAAUUGCCCUGUUUUCUACAACCUGAAUGGCCCCUGACACCUGUUUCACCACGGCAACCACAAGAUGGAUGGUGGGGUGAACGUCCCCCACCCAAUAUUGUUUGUCAGCACAUGGAUCGCUAUUUCUCUGAGCAUGAUUUGGAUAAGCCCUGGAUGUAUGAAGAUUCCAUUUCCUCAGAUGCAUCAUCAUGCUCAUUACCCAAGAGAACAACACGUGCAAAAUCCAUCCGUGCAGUUGCUUGUGAGGCAGCAAACAACAUGUACGACGACUAUAGCAACAUGAUCCAUACCCGCAGACUAUCAACAUCCAUGACCAUGAUGAGGCGCAAGAGCACCAAAUUUUGGGAUCAAUCCACUAUUCAAGUCAAAUCAGACAACAUGACCAAAAUUCAAAAGAACAAAGGUGGCAUCCGAUGGAUUCGUGGCAAAUUGCUUGGUCAAGGCUCGUUUGGACGUGUUCAUAUGGCAUUCAAUGUAGUCACUGGGGAGGUGAUUGCUGUCAAACAAGUCAACGUUUCGCCCCCUCUUGCCAAAAAAAAAAUGAUCGAUGGUACACAACUACACCAAGAAAUCGCCAUGUUACGCGAUCUUGACCAUGAGAAUAUUGUACAAUAUCUUGGAUACGACGAGGAUGAGUCUGAAGGCGUGAUUAAUAUCUUUCUCGAGUACGUGUCUGGAGGUAGCAUUGCUAGUCGUCUCGCUAUUCAUGGAGCAUUCCCAGAAAGCAUUGUAAGGUUCUUUACAAGACAAAUCUGCAUGGGUCUCGCCUAUCUCCAUUCAAAGGGCAUUUUACAUCGUGAUAUCAAGGCUGCCAAUAUACUUAUCGAAGCGGAUGGCGUUUGCAAAAUCUCUGAUUUUGGGCUAUCAAAGCGACAUGAUUUUGCCGAACAAGUAUACGAUGCAAAUGAUCGUAUGUCUUUGAGAGGAUCCAUAUACUGGAUGGCUCCAGAAGUGGUCAAGAAUCAGCCUUAUAGCGCAAAAGUGGAUAUAUGGAGUCUCGGAUGCACCGUACUUGAAAUGCUCACUGGCGAAAGACCGUGGCUCACUUUUCAUCAGCUUGCAGCCUUUUACAAUCUUGGAUGUCAAAAGAAACCUCGAGUCCCUGACACAAUCGCAGACACUGCCAAAGACUUUUUGAACCUAUGCUUUGCCAUAGACCCUCGCAAACGACCAACUGCAAAUGAUCUGCUCAACCAUCCAUUUUGCUAUAUCGAUCCUGACUUUGACUUUGCGAUGGAACGAGGCAAAAUCUGA